GGCGGCCCGACGCGCACUGACGGUCCCCGCGCGAACACCGCUCUAGUCAUUCCAAAUUCAAAAUCUUUAUUUUUAAUUUUAUUUUUUAAACCCCAAGACUGAUUGCGGCCAGCGAUGGAUUCAGCCUAUUUGACUGACGUGUGACUGUGACUGUGUGACAAAAUGACAGUGACGUGACUUUGACUUGGAUUGACUUGACUUUAUGACUGCACGGGAGAAAGAUAUACAGUGGCAACGAAGGCUUGGAAGGUCGCACUGAAGAAGCUCAGCCGUUCCCAGUCAGCGCCCUCCGCCAAUCAUCGUUGCUCCAGCACUGCCCCUUGAAGGGAGCCCCCAAAUGUCCUCCCGCUUCUAAGAGAUACCGAACUCACGACGGAACCUGCAACAACAUAAAUCGGCCGCGAUGGGGAUCCACGAUGACCCCCGUCCAACGUUUCCUGUCCCCUUCAUACUCCGACGACAUCCAAGCCCCUCGCAGAUCCAUUUUCGGAGCCAAACUCCCUUCAGCGAGGGAGAUCAGCUCGCUAAUUCAUGAAGAUCAGAAUGCUGAAAAUCCUGGUAUAACCCAUCUACUGAUGCAAUGGGGCCAGUUUCUAGACCAUGAUGUGACUUCGUCUUCGCAGUCGAGAGGCUUCAACGGAUCGGUGCCGAGAUGCUGCAAGGAUGGUGGAAGGGAUUUCGUUCCUAAGGAGUUUAUGCACCCAGAAUGCAUGCCGAUCUCGGUACCCCCGUCAGACCCAUUCUACGGCCCUCGCGGCGUACGUUGCCUUGACUUCGUUCGCUCGUCUCCGGCCCCUCGCGAUGAUUGCGCUCUAGGCUGGCGCGAGCAGCUGAACCAGGUGUCGGCUUAUAUUGAUGGCUCCCCGCUGUAUGCCAGCUCUGCCAGGCAGUCUGAUAAGCUGCGGCUGUUUAGGAAUGGUAUGCUCCAAUAUGGUCGAGUUCAGCAACGUCGCCCACUUCUACCCCCGGAGCGUCGAGACGAGCUAUGUCGAGGAGGCGCUGUCUCCACCGACUGCUUCAAGUCAGGGGACGGCCGCGUCAACGAGCAUCCUGGACUGGUGGCCGCGCAUAUCGUUUGGCUGAGGCAGCAUAACAGAAUGGCUCAAGAACUUGCCCAUUUGAACCCUCACUGGAGUGACGAGAAGAUUUAUCAGGAAACCCGCAAAAUUAUUGGCGCGAUGAUUCAGCACAUUACUUACAGAGAAUUCCUGCCAAUCAUCCUUGGUCCAGAUGUAAUGCGUCUCUUUGAGCUGGAGCCACAAAAGAAGGGUUUCUACCGAGGAUACGAUCCUAAAGUCAACCCCAGUCCUGCCAGCUCUUUCGGUUCGGCUGCCUUCAGAUUCGGACACAGCUUAGUCCAACCUUCUAUGAUGCGUUAUGACCGCUUUCAUAGACCAAUUAACAACAAUGUCUCUUUGCAUAACGAACUCACCAAUCCAUCCAAUAUCUGGAGUAUGGGAGCUGUAGAUCGGCUCCUCCUUGGCAUGGUUAACCAACCCAUUCAGAAACGCGACGAAUUCAUAACCGAAGAACUAACCAACCACCUGUUUCAAACACCUUCCUUCGACUUCGGAAUGGAUCUUGCAGCGAUCAACAUUCAAAGAGGGAGGGACCAUGGCAUACCUCCCUAUACAGCAUGGAGGGAACCAUGUGGACUGUCAACUAUAAAGAGUUUCCAAGACUUAUUUAGAGUGAUGCCUGCGAGAGCUGUCAGAAAGCUGCAGACUUUGUACAGACAUGUGGAUGAUAUAGAUCUGUUUACGGGAGGUAUGGCUGAAAGACCCGUAGUAGGCGGACUCGUAGGGCCAACUUUCGCUUGUAUCAUUGCUCAACAAUUCUCUAAUCUUCGAAAGGGAGAUCGGUUUUGGUACGAGAACGGGGGCUUCGAAUCCUCCUUCACACCAGCGCAACUGCAACAAAUUCGAAGGAUCUCGUUUGCCCAAGUCCUCUGCCAUACGUUAGAUACUAUUGACAACAUCCAGCCCUUCGUCUUCCUCUCCCCUGACAACCCUGACAAUGGAAGAAUUUCCUGCCAUAACGGACUACUCAACGACUUCGAUUUGUCCCCUUGGGUAGAAAUCAACUCCGCCCUAAACAAUGACAUUAGCAAAUCUGACGAAAAUGACAUAAAUGCCUCUGACAGACCUAGCACUCAAAGACCUAAAAGAACUAAACCAACGACAUCAAGACCUUCUAGUACGACGAAAAGAAUACAUAAAACAACAACUGCAGCUCCUAAUAAACUUAAUCAAAAGAACCCAUCUCCUAACAACUCGACUGUAAACGACAAACUGACACAUAAACCUAACAAGACUGACUCGACUGUGAAAGACAAAGACUUAUUAACUUUUACUUUGACUACUGACAAAAAUACGACUAAAUCUAACGUGACAGUACAAAAAAUUGACGACAAGUUGGAUUUUAAAAACAAGAGCAGACGUUAUGAAGACAGUGACAAGCUUGGGACAAGGAAUAAUUAUAACAGCGCUACUAAACAGUACGGUAACGACUAUGACGACGAUGAGGAAGUACAAAGCGUACAAUCUGUAGUUAUUAAUAACUUAUCACAUAAAAGACCUUUUAAUAAUCAUAAUAAUAAUAAUAACUACAAUUAUAAUAAUAAUUACAACUAUAAUAACCAUAAAAGGCCAGUAAUAACAGUGACAGAAAACGUUAACAAGUACACUUACUUAAUCAACUACGUUCCUCGACCGACUGAAUCGUGGAGACGAACGACUAGACGGACUUAUGACAGAGACGUUGUUAAGGUGACUUAUCAAACCUACGACGACACUUACCGACGACCUAACAAACCACAUUACUAUAACAAACACGACGAAUAUGACCAGAACUAUAACCCUUACAGACGAGAUGGACCUACCUCUAACGACAAAGACAGUUUCCAAUCGUCAGCCAGAUCAAAUGACGAGACAAUCACGACGCCUAGGACAAAGCCGACUAUUGACAAAUCUGACAAAAUUGACAAUCCCAACCCCACGACUGAAAACUUGUACAAACUUGUGACUUUUGGGUACGUAGGGACUUACAAGGGCACUGACAUAACUAAAGACGACGUGACUAAACCUGACAUGACUGAUAAACAUGAUACGAUUAGUAAAGACUUCUCGACUUAUGACACUAGACAUGACAAUGAUGGCGACAAGGCCAAGACUAAGCUUUCAACGUUUUUCCUUUACGAGACCGCGACUAAACCUUACAGUAACAUACAGCGACCGACUAGACGACAUGACGAGGACACUGCUAGCAACCCUGCUACCAGAACCAAGUAUUAUUACAUCAAAAAUGUUUUACACAAAGUCACUGACUCGACCGGACCUAUUACUGAAAAGGACAUACUUAGAGAAAACUACAACAACCCAGGAUUACCAACUGAGAACAUAGAAGAAAGAUCUUCGGCUGACAAACUGGCGUUUUUAGAGGAAGCUGAGAAGGCUGCGCACCCUGAAAGGCAGAAGGUGAAGAUAAAGAAGCCAGCUAGUCCUGGUAAAACGCCAUCUGUGGCCUUUCAAAUUAUACCGAGUGAAAAUGCUCCGUCGCAAUGGGCAGUGUACGAAGAGAAGGCAGACUUGCCGGAGAGCUUCCCAAAUCGGAUGCCGCCCAUCAAGAUAGACCCCCACGCGUUGAAGGAGCUACCCAGACCCAUGGUCUUCGGCAGCCUGAGAAGAAUUCGACCCUGGAGGUUUUGAUGCAGUCGAACAACUAUAGGACAAUGUGUAAAGAAGCAUUUAGUUUUCAUAUUUUGAUAGCUAGACAAAUCAAACCGACUACUUUUCGACUUGAAGAGACUAUGACAUAAUUGUAAAGAUAAACCUACUUGUAACAAGUUUCUUGUGACAUGACUGACUGACUGGAAUGACUUUACGUAUUUCGUCAAUUUCAACCAACAUUUUUUAAUUAAUUAUACUUCAAUGAUUUCGAACGUGACUUGAAUCGACAUUCUUACAAAACUGACUUGAAAACUGCAACGAUACUUGAGUUUUACUAAGAAGCGCUGGUGGAAUCUUCCAGUGCCUUGGACAGAUUUGACGAACUUAUAUAUGACAUUCUAAUACAUGUACCUUAGCACGACAUCAUGACAUGAAGACUUAUGACUUAACAUACUUGACUGAAGGAGAGAGAAUACGACUCAUUAGACUGAUGACUAGAUAUUACUAUGACUGAAACAACAAUGACUAAGUUACAUCGACUAUACUACUGAGACACUCAACGAAUAUUCGACUAUCAACUACCUGGGGCCUGUUUCAUUACAUGUAAAUUACAACAAGUUGAUGUUCAUUACGUAGCUAAUAUGAAACUGCAAAAUAUUCGUGAUGUACAUCUCCGCAAUGUACAUAAAAUUGUCUUUGUAUUUUACAAUUGUAAGUUUUAUGAAACAGGCAGACUGUGACUAUGGUAAACAGUGGCGGCCCUAGGGUGGUGCCAGCGGUGCGAUCGCAACGAGCACGUUUUAGGAGGGCCAAAAUCAACGAAGGACUGGCAGCCCCGUAUCUACUGGGGAGUAACUGGAUUGAGCACACGUGCACUGAAUUAGACCUCUUAGUGGCCACAUAAAACUCUUACAUUUAAGUGGUCGUAAACAUUCUACUUCUUCUGUCGUUGGGGUUGUGAGGUGAAUUACCAACCCCAUCAACCCUGGUGUCAGGGUUACUAUUGAGCCGCCAAGGGCCUCUGACAUGGCUCAUGUAACAACUACUUACAUCAGUAAGUAGUAACCGGGACGCCUUAACGUGCUUUCCGAAGCACGGAUCAUCUUACUUUUUGGACAAUCAGGUGAUCAGCCUGUUUCGAUUGCGAAAUAAACUGUAUUUUGAGUCUCGCACCAUAUAAAAAAUUUGCUAGGGCCGCCACUGAUGAUAAACACCUUAUAAGAAUGACGACUUACAACUUUUGACUGACACUAGUUGACACAACAGAAUACUUGACAUUACAAUGACUUGAUUUGACACAGACAAUGGUGCCGACUCGAACAACCACCAACUUAAUUUGACAGGACAUCAACUGGCUCUAUUUCUUUCUUAUACCUGCAAUAGGUGAAGGACGGCACUAGUUUAAGAGCUAUCAAACUAAGUUUGUGUCUCCUAGAAUAGACACUAUUGUAUGUAUGACUACUUUGACGAUGACAAUAUAACAUAAUGAUAAGUAGAUAUAACUGACAGAGAUUAGGUAUGACCCCUAGACAUUUUAGAAUCUGACUGACAAUAAAACAUACAUCCCAAAUUAAUAUAAAAUGUACUUGCUGCUUAUAAUGCCAGUUGCGCCAUUGUUUUUUAUUAUCAUAUAUGAAUCACGCCUAUAACCUCUCCUGGGGCGAGCAGAGCCGUUGUCAGAUUAUAAUGCUCAAGUAGUGUUUCAAAUAUGCAAAAUUUUAUACAUGCAUUUUUUAUUAUCCUGGGUUUUAUGUAUCAUUAUGUAAGUAGUAGUAAUCCUAUUUAGUUCAUAUCUGAUAAGAGAUUUAAAUCUGACUUGACAAGACACUCACUGAAACUCAAAAGAUAAACAUUUGGCUCAUAAGCAAUUUGUUGAAGAAUGCUUCAAAGGAAUCACUCUCAUUUAACGUAUUUAUUACGACGUACCACCGAAAAUACGUAAUUAAGUACCAUCUAAUAAAAUUUAAUUUAAAGACUUACUUGAAAAAAAAAACAUUUGACUGACUAUGACUCAUUUAUAACUUAUUGAUCUAGUAUUAAGGAAGAAAAUGCAAGUUAUACAAAAUAUAUAAUUUAUUAAGUCAGGUAUAACUGGUUUUUCAAAUGCAUUCUUAUAUAAUAAAACAAUGCUGUUCAAAAUUGUUUACAACAAACAAAUAUAAGUAUGAUGUAGAAUAUUGUGAAUAUACAAAUUUAAAUAUUA